CGUCGGCCCGUGCCUCUCGCGAUGGCGCCCAAGUCGUUCGAAGACAUGUUCGCGUGCUCGCCCGCGUCGCUGACCAAGCUCAGGGCGUCGCACGCACCGCACGCGUCGCCGGCGGCGUCGCACGCGCGUGACUACUCGCCCAUCGCGUUCCCGUCGAUGCGUCGAGACGACGAAGACGAACGCGCGCGCGCGGUCGCGGGCGCGUUCGAUGACAUGUUCGCGUGUUCGCCGGCGUCGCUGAAGAAGAUGCGAGGAUCGGCAGUGGAGCGGGCGUCGGGAGGGGUCGGGACGCCGACGGGGACGCCGACGCGGCCGACGGCGAGUCGCGAGGAUUUAGCGUCGGCGUUCGGCGAUAUGUUUUUAGCGUCUCCGGCAUCGUUGAAGAAGAUGCGCGCCACGAAUACGGCGGUGACGGGAACGAAGGCGCGCGAGCGUGGGGAUGGAUUCGGAUCGCCCUUGCGUUACGACGGCGACGCGAACGCGGCGGAGCCGAAGAAGGAAGCGGUGAGUUUCAGUGAAAUGUUCGCAAGUUCUCCCUCGGAUUUGGCCAAGAUGCGACGGUCGGACGUCGGUGGUGCCGCGCGCGGAUCUAAUGUGGAGGUUGCUAAGGUGGCAGUGGACGCGCGAGAGCGCACGAAUGCGUUCGCAGGCAUGUUUGCCAGUUCACCGGCGGAUUUGGCCAAGAUGCGCGGGAGGUCGCAGUCGUCGAUUUCUUACGCCGAAGGGCGGCACGGCGCGAGCGAUCGAUUUCAGGUUAUCGCGCCUGAUUUUCAAGCCAUGUUUUCUAGUUCGCCGAGCGAUUUGAAAAACUUGAGAAGCGCGUCGUCGUCGUCGAGGAAGAGGCUCGGCGACGAAGCUGAUAGAUUUGAGGUGACGUACUUGCUCCUCGCCCCUUGCGAAGCGGCAGCUCGAGAGAAGGUUUUAGAAAUUUGUUUGGAACAGACUGUGGAGUUACCAGCGUCGCUCGUGCCGGAAGGGACUUGGAUUCGAGAGCAUGUCGUCGGUCGAUUGGAGUCUUUGACGAAGCCGAAGACCGGACCGCACGCCCGUCGUCCGGACGCGUGGAACGCGAUUGUCAGCUACCACGCCGACACUGCGGGUGGGGAGUUAACACAGCUUGUGAACGUCAUCUUCGGCAACACGAGCAUGAAGGAGAACGUGAUGGUCGUCGAUAUCGAACUACCUCGCACCAUGCUGCGCGAGUACCCUGGGCCACGAUUCGGCGUUCACGGUCUUCGUCGUUUGCUCCGCGUACCCGAAGGGCCUCUGGUGAUGACGGCACUCAAACCAAUGGGAUUGUCUAGCCAAGAAUUAGCAGAAAUUGCGUACGGUUUCGCCAAGGGAGGGAUCGACAUCAUCAAGGAUGACCACGGACUCGCAGACCAGCCGUACAGCCCUUACGACGAGCGAGUUCGAAUGUGCGCUGCCGCUGUAGCGCGCGCCAACGCAGAGACCGGUCGAAACGUUCUCUACGCCCCGUGUAUCAACGCUCCCGCGCAUUUAAUCAUUUCUCGAGCGCACGCUGCGAGACAGGCGGGCGCGGGCGCGGUGUUGAUGAUUCCCGGCAUUACGGGUUUGGACGCCAUGCGUGAGCUCGCUGCAGACCCGAGCUUCAACCUCCCCAUCAUCGCUCAUCCCGCGUUGCUCGGGUGCAUGCUAGGCGGAGGGAGCACAAAUAGAAUAGCGGGCUUUAGUCAUGAAGUCCUUCUCGGGUUAUUACCGCGGUUGGCCGGUGCGGACGCCACCGUCUUCCCGUCCUUUGGCGGGCGGUUUGGAUUCAGCGUGGACGAAUGCAAGGCCAUCAACGUCGGGUGCACGCGGGUGAUGGGAGAUUUGCCCGCCAUUUUACCCUCUCCGGGCGGUGGCAUGACGCUCGAGCGCAUCGCUCAGAUGCGCGAGGUGUACGGCCCCGAUUUAUUACUUCUCAUCGGCGGUUCUUUGUACUCGCACUCGGAAAAUCUCGUCGACGGCGCUCGUCACUUCAUGAAACUCGCCGGACGCAAAGAGCUCUACGGUCCGCUCGAGUGCCCGCACGACGGUUACCGCGGACAUACGAUGUGAAGUUAAA